UGAUAGUGUUUAAGAAACAGCCUCAAAAUUACGGAGCAAAAGAAUCAGCAGGUCGUGACCCGCGCCGAAGCAAACAACGACUAUAGAGUUGUUGUUUUUGGUGCGGGGGGAGUUGGAAAAAGUUCAUUAGUUCUACGAUUUAUAAAAGGAACAUUUCGCGAAUCCUAUAUACCAACAAUAGAGGAUACAUAUCGUCAGGUAAUUAGUUGCAAUAAAACGAUAUGCACCCUGCAGAUUACCGACACAACGGGAUCACAUCAGUUUCCAGCGAUGCAAAGGUUGUCCAUAACAAAAGGUCAUGCCUUCAUUUUGGUGUAUUCGGUGUGCUCGAAGCAAAGUUUAGAGGAGUUGAAACCAAUAUGGAACCUCAUUAAGGAACUGAAAGGCCAAGACAUUGUAAACAUACCUGUCAUGCUGGUAGGUAACAAGUGUGAUGAAAGCGCGGAACUACGAAAUGUUACGGAGGAGGAGGGGAAGGAACAAGCGCGUCUAUGGAAUAUAUCAUUUAUGGAAACUUCUGCCAAAACCAAUCACAAUGUUACGGAACUAUUUCAGGAAUUGUUGAACCUGGAAAAGACACGAACAGUUUCGCUGCAGUUGGAUACCAAAACUAAAAAGAAGCAGAAAAAGGAAAAGAAAAUGAAAGAAACUAAUGGUGCCAUUGCAGAGAACGGCGAAGGCGAUGGAGGAGGCUCUAGUAGUGCCAAAGAGAAAUGUCUCAUAAUGUAAUGC